UCUAAAAAUUGAACCCCAAACAAAAAAAAAAAAAAAACAAAAAAAAACAAAAACAAAAAGAACCGAAGAGCUCUUCUCUAUUACACAGUCGGUGGUGCGAAGCCGCAGGGUGUCUCUGCAAAAUUUCACCUUACAAAUCUGCUAAAUGACAGGGAGAUCUUAGAAACCCUAGAUCUCGAUCCUCUUCUGCUCGAUUUGGUGCGCUGGUUUUUGGAUCUCGACGUCUGCGCCCCAGGAUAGCUCGAGUUUCGACGAUUUUAUUUUUUUUUUUGGUGUUUUGGUUAUGAGAAAAUAGCUGUGAGAUUUAAGUGAUUUCUUUUAGGGCAAGUGAUAAAUCAAGCGGUGAAUAUUGUCGAAAAGGAAGGAUUAGGUUAGGGUUUCUUUUUUAGUUUUUGCUCUCUUCUUCCGUCGAUGGCUUCAAAUCCUCCAUUCCAGUUGGAGGAUCAGACAGACGAGGAUUUCUUUGACAAGCUGGUCGACGACGAUUUUGGGCCCGCCGAGUCAUUGUCGUCCGGUGCUCCGAAAUUUGCGGAAGGAAACGAAUCAGACGACGCGAGGGCCUUCGCGAAUCUGAGCAUCGGCGAGGAUUCGGGUGGAGAGGAUCGGUUACACGAGCCUAAUAUGGAGAACGAUUCUGUUGAUGUGGGUGCAACGGGGCCGUUACUGGGCGAACACGCAGAUGAGCAGAGUGAUUCCUCAUUGGUUGGCGCGAAUGCUUCUGGGCUUGACAGUGGCAACAUGGCUGAGUCAAAUACCGAAGGUUUAGGACCGAAGGAGACAGCGUCUGUAUCUGAGUCAACUGCCGCAGCGAGCCUGAGUGGUGGAUCUCUGGGUUCUGGGGUUAAGGAGGUGGGUUGGAGCUCCUUCUACGCGGAUGUAUCAGACAAUGGUGAGCAUAAUUUUGGUACGUACUCGGAUUUUUUCAGUGACUUAGGUGAGAGUUCUGGGGCUUUUCCUGGGCAAGUGGAAGAUAAUGUGAAUGGUAGAGGGGAGGUUGUCUCCGCAAAAGAAGGAAAUAAUCUUGCAGAUAAUUCAUUCAAUUAUUUACAUCAUCAGGAUGGUCAAAUGAAUGGGAAUCCUAUGGAUCAGACAGCAAAUUAUCAGGAUUUGAAUAGCAGUCAGUACUGGGAUAAUCUGUAUCCGGGAUGGAUGUAUGAUCACAAUACUGGGCAGUGGUAUCAAGUGGAUGGUUACGAUGCAAAGGUGAGUCCCCAAGUUAGCUACGAGAAUUCAGCUACUGAAUGGGGCGGGGUUUCUGAUGAGAAAUCAGAGCUUUCUUACAUGCAACAGAGCUCGCAGUCUGUUUUGGAGAAUGUUGUGGAGACUAGCACAACCAAAAGUGUUUCUCACUGGAACCAGGCUAAUAAUGGUUACCCUGAGCAUAUGAUUUUUGAUCCCCAGUAUCCUGGUUGGUAUUAUGAUACAAUUGCACAAGAAUGGCGCUCAUUGGAGAGCUACAAUGCAGCUACUCAAUCAACAGUCCAAGCUCAUGAUCUGCAGAAUCAAGAUGAUUAUGCUUCACGUGGUACAUAUCUGGGAGAGAACAAUAGUCUAUCUGGGCAGCCUGAUAGUCGAGCAUUAGAAGGCCUUGGUAAUCAAGCCCAACAUGACGGCUGGACUGAAUCUUAUGGCAACUAUGAUCAGCAGGGCCUGCACAUGUGGCAACCUGAGACUUUGACUAAGACUGAAACUGCUAAUACUACGACUCUUUCCAAUUUUGGAGGAAAUCAUCACGUGGGAAAUUUUUAUGGUUCAAAUAGUUCCAUAAUUAACCAUGUUGACCAACAGAGAUCUUUUAAUUCACGGGGGGCAGUUCAGUCUUAUGAUAAAGCUGCUAAGGCUCAUGUUGAGGCUAAUGGGAUUACUGGGAUACAAAGCUUUGUACCCAGUGUUAACUUUAGCCAACAGUUUAAUCCAGCUAGUGUAAAGCAGAGUGAGCAAAUGAUUUUUUCAAAUGAAUUCUACGGCAAUCAAAAUCAAGUAAAUGUUGCGCAACAAUGCUCUGUAGGAAACUCAAUUUCUGUCUUGAUAAUGGAGGCUGUCACGGUAAAUACUAAUGCUUCAGAUGUUGGAGGUGGCACUUGUGAGUACUUCCGUUCUUUGUGCCAACAAUCAUUUCCGGGUCCAUUGGUUGGUGGCAAUGCCGGAAGCAAGGAAGUGAAUAAGUGGAUUGAUGAGAGAAUUGCAAACUGCGAAUCUUCUGACAUAGAUUAUAAGAAACGGGAAGUUAUGAGGUUGCUAUUCUCUUUGCUUAAAAUAGCAUGUCAGCAUUAUGGAAAGCUCCGAUCUCCUUUUGGCAGUGACUCUACACUGAGGGAGAGCGAUACCCCAGAAUCAGCAGUUGCUAAACUAUUUGCAUCUGCCAAGAAGGAUGGCAGACAAUAUAAUGCAUACAGUGCUCUUGGCCACUGCUUGCAGCAUUUACCGUCUGAAGGGCAAAUGCGGGCAACUGCUACUGAAGUCCAGAAUCUUCUGGUUUCUGGUAGGAAAAAGGAGGCUCUACAAUGUGCACAAGAAGGUCAGUUGUGGGGACCUGCACUUGUCCUUGCAUCGCAGCUUGGUGAUCAGUUCUAUGUCGAUACUGUGAAGCAAAUGGCACUUCGCCAACUAGUAGCAGGAUCACCUUUGCGGACAUUAUGCUUGCUAAUUGCAGGGCAACCAGCAGAUGUGUUUUCCACAGACAAUACUUCUGAUAGCAGUUUUCCUGGGCCUAUGAAUGUUUCUCAACAGCAAGCACAGUUUGGGACUACUGGCAUGCUUGAUGAUUGGGAAGAGAAUUUGGCUGUUAUAACUGCCAACAGAACAAAAGAUGAUGAACUUGUGAUUAUCCAUCUUGGAGAUUGUCUGUUGAAGGAAAGAAGUGAGAUAUCUGCAGCCCAUAUUUGCUAUUUAGUUGCAGAAGCAAACUUUGAGGCAUAUUCAGAUAGUGCAAGACUGUGUCUUAUUGGAGCAGAUCACUGGAAAUCUCCCCGAACAUAUGCUAGUCCUGAGGCCAUCCAGGUUCUCUUUUAAAUUGUUUUUUCUAUUCCCUAUUAGAGUCAAUUCAUCCUGCUACCAUUUCAGCCAUAUAAGCUCAUAUAUGCUUACAUGCUUGCUGAAGUUGGAAGAGUUUCUGACGCAUUAAAGUACUGUCAAGCGGUACUAAAAUCUUUGAAAACUGGUCGAGCACCUGAAGUAGAAUCAUGGAGACAGUUGGUUUUAUCUCUUGAAGAGAGGAUUCGAACCCAUCAACAGGGUGGAUAUACUGCAAAUUUAGCUCCAGCAAAAUUAGUUGGGAAAUUGCUUAACUUUUUUGAUAGUACGGCACAUCGUGUUGUGGGAGGGUUACCACCGCCAGUGCCCACACAUGGAAACAUUCAAGCUAAUGAACUUCAUGCCCCUAGAGUAUCAAGUAGUCAAUCGACAAUGACCAUGUCAUCCUUAAUACCUUCUGCUUCCAUGGAACCCAUAACUGAGUGGGCUGCUGAUGGUACCAAAAUGACAUUGCAGAAUAGAAGUGUUUCAGAGCCAGAUUUUGGAAGAACUCCAAGACAGGUUGAUUCAUCAAAGGAAGCAACCUCAUCCAGUGCACAAGGCAAAGCACCUGUAUCUCGGUUUGGCCGUUUUGGUUUUGGUUCACAGCUUUUGCAAAAGACUGUUGGGCUCUUAAGGCCUCGGUCAGAUCGACAGGCCAAGUUGGGUGAGACGAAUAAAUUCUACUAUGAUGAAAAACUAAAAAGAUGGGUUGAGGAAGGUGCUGAACCCCCAGCUGAAGAAGCGGCCUUGCCACCACCACCUACAACUUCUGCCUUCCAGAACGGUUUGUCUGACUACAAUCCAAAGCCUGCAACAAAAAGUGAGGGCUCUCCUACUAGUGGGAGCCCAAAGUUUAGCAGUUUAAGUCCAACCGAAUAUUCUUCAGGAAUGCCACCUAUUCCACGUAGCUCGAAUCAAUUCUCAGCUCGUGGUCGGAUGGGUGUUCGAGCUAGGUAUGUUGACACCUUUAACAAAGGUCAUGGAAACUCGGCAAACUUGUUCCAGUCACCUUCUGUACCAUCUGUUAAACCUGCUGUUUCUGCCAAUACAAAAUUCUUUGUUCCAACCGCUGCAACUACAAGUGAACAGCCAAUGGAGGCUAUAGCAGAAAGUGCACAAGAAGAAAUUGGAGCUAACGAGAACCCUUUGUCAUCCACAGCGAAUGAUUUGUUCCAGACUCCCACAUCAUCAUCGGUGGCUAUGCAGAGAUUUCCGAGCAUGGAUAAUAUUGCAAGUAAGAGGGUUGUGACAAGUGGAAAUGGCCCUUCGGCUCAUUCACGACGAACAGCUUCAUGGAGUGGUGGAACCUUCAAUACAGCAUUAAGUUCAAAUACAGCCGAGCCAAAAUCUUUAGGAGAGGCAUUGAGGAUGCCUCCAUUUAUGCCUAGUGCACCAAAUGGUAGCAGCAGCAGCUUUGGAGAUGACCUUCAUGAGGUGGAACUUUAAGCCAAGUUUA